ACCAACCCCUCCGAAGCCGCCUGCUGCCGCAUCGGCUCGACCUGUGACUCCCCCUGCGCAGCAGACAAGUACCAAUGCCUCGUCACCGUCACCCGCACCAGCUCCAACACCCCCGUAACCACCACCUCCUCCGCCUGCUGCCGCCGCCAAUGCCCUCAAAUCUCCUACUACGGCUGCCCCCUAGACUUUGGCGGCGCCUGCUGCCGCCACGGCCAAACCUGCGGCACUUCUUUCCUAUGCCUCAACACCAUUGCCCCCUCCACCCCCCCUUUACUAACCCCCGUCCCGUCAGGCUGCACCCAAGGGCAAAUAACCUGCGCCAGCAGUCUAGGAGGCGGCUGCUGCCCCAACACCCUCGCCUGUUCCCAGUCUGACGGCUCCCCGGUGUGUGCCAUGACGACCGUCAUCCCGACAGGAAGCGACAUCUCUUCCAUCGACCGCAACGAGGCAAACGUCUCGAACGACCUCUCCGUCGGCGCCAAAGCCGGCAUAGCGGUAGGCGUCGUCAUUGCAGCCGGAAUCUUAAUAGGUGCAGCAACAUGGUACUGGCACCGCAGACACAAAGGCCGCACCCAAGCUGGGACUGCGACUUCCGCUUCUGGAGUUCCCCGAUUCAUUGGCGGGACGGAAGACGGCCGGGGAGGACCAGCGGCGUCGGAGGUGCAGAGUGGACGGGUACCGUUUGGGACGCAGGAGUACACCGGUCCUGAGGCGCGGCCAGGGCCGUAUUCUGAUCCGUCGCCGCCGGAUAAUCUUGGGGGUUAUUACCCCAACGGUGGUGGUGGUGGGUAUGUUGGGAGUCCUAAUCCUCAGUCGGCGAGCACGACACCGGGGAUUGACCAGCAGGCUUACUUUCCGAAUAUGAUGUCACCUAUUCCGGCGCCGUCGGCGAAUUUUACGGGGCAGGGGGUGCCGGUUAUGCCUAAUGAUCCCGGGGAGAUACAGCGGCCUGUGGAGAUUGCCGAGGGGGGUGUUAGGAGGCAGGCGACGACGGCUACGGGGGGGACGGGGAUAGGGAGUGUGAGUGGGGUUACGGAGAGUGAUGUUGGGCAAGGGGGGGGAGUUCAGAGGAGUGAUAGUGCGAGGUUUGAGCUUUAUGGGAGUGAUCCUGGGCAGUUGAGCCCGAUGAGUCUGGCGGAUGAGAGAUUUUAUACUCCUGAUGAGAGGCCACAGGGCCAGGGUGGUGAGGGACAGCAAGGGGGACAAGGUGGGAGGAGUUGGUUUCAGGGGGGUUAUGGAAGGUGA